ACAAAGUCAGACAAAAAUUAAAAAAUUAAUUAAUUAAUUAUUUAAUUAAUUUCUUGGCAUAAAAACACAAAAAAAUUAACAAAAUGACAACGGAUGUAAGGGAUAUUUUGGACAUUGAACGUCCGGCGACACCAGAAAUAACCAGGGACUCAUUUUUGGCCACCAAAAAGAGGAACUUUGAAAAAACUAAAGGUGCCUCCAAACGUCCGGAGGGCAUGAAUCGUGAGGUAUUUGCCCUGCUAUACAACGACAACAAAGAUGCCCCACCAUUGUUGCCCACAGAUACUGCCUUGGGCAUUGGCUCGGGGUACAAACAAGUCAAGGCUCGCUUGGGUAUGAAAAAGGUACGGAAAUGGGAAUGGGCACCAUUUUCAAAUCCAGCACGUACCGAUGGUGCUGUAUUUCACCACUGGCGUAGGAUAAACGAUGAACAGAAGGAUAUUCCAUAUCCCUUUGCCAAGUUUAACAAACAAUUGGAAAUACCCCAGUACACCAUGGCGGAAUAUAAUCAACAUUUACAGACCAAUACACAGAAAUGGUCAAAGGAGCAGACCGAUCACUUGUUUGAUUUGGCCAAGAGGUUCGAUUUGCGUUUCAUAAUCAUGGCUGAUCGUUGGGAUCGCGUGCAGUUUGGCCUGAAAAGUGUCGAAGACCUCAAGGAACGCUACUACGAAGUAAUUGGCAUCCUUUCAAAGGCCAAGGGACAAAAUGCCAGCAAUGGAGCUGGUGCUGGCGACAAGAAACCCUUCGUCUUUGAUAUAGAACACGAGCGACGACGCAAAGAUCAAUUGAAGAAACUCUUUGAACGCACCAGCCAACAGGUGAAGGAGGAACAAAAUCUGCUAAAUGAAUUGCGUAAAAUUGAGGCGCGUAAAAAGGAAAGGGAGCGUAAGACACAAGAUCUGCAGAAACUGAUUUCGCAGGCCGAUCAGCAGGGUGAUGCUGCCACAAAUGCCCAAAAUGCACGUAAAUAUGAAAAGAAAUUGCAUAAAAAGAAGAUACAUCAUCAACCCAGGCCAUCAAAGGUGGAUUCGGUUGUUAAUGCCAUAGAAGUGGGCACCAGUGGCAUAAAGUUUGCCGAUCUGCGGGGUUCGGGGGUAUCGCUGCGAUCACAAAAAAUGAAAUUACCCGCCAACAUUGGACAACGCAAGGUAAAGGCGUUGGAACAGGCCAUACAAGAGUUUAAAGUUGAUCCCGCACCACCACCCACAGAGGAUAUUUGCAAUGCAUUUAAUGAAUUACGUUCAGACAUGGUAUUGUUGUGUGAAUUGCGUACUGCAUUAUCGACUUGCAUUUAUGAAAUGGAAAGUCUGAAACAUCAAUAUGAGGCUGCAUGUCCGGGAAAGACCCUUAACAUACCUGCCUCUUUGAUACCCUCAACUUUGCAAGUAAAAUCUGAAUCAACAGAUAAUUUGGCUGGACUAACAAAUAAUUCAUGAAGAACUCUGUUUAGGCCACAACAACAACUGCUGCAAGACGAUAUUUAGCUAGUGGCCGAGGAAAUUUCGCAACUCAUUUAGGUUACUUACUAUUACUUUUAUUUUUAAAAUGGAAUUUUCUAAAGUAUUGCAAUGGCAAGAUAAUUCACCUAGGAUUAGAAAACAAAUAUGCAAAAUUAAAAGUUAAGCUUUGAAAAUCCCAAGAAUAAAUAUGCGUUCCAACAUAAGUGAACCACUCAAUUUUAAA